GCUGCUUCCUUUCUACACAUAUCAUCAAGACUCUUCCUAGCACUAUACUGUAGAGUUUCUCAACCUUUCUUAAUUAGUUCCAUCUCUCUGUUGAAGUUGAGCACUAUACCAUAUACCAGUAGUUCACUAGAUUUGAAACCUUAGGCAAUACUCUAUAUAUAUCUAGUUACCUUAACUAACUAUCAGAAAUGGCAUCAAGCUCAAUGUCAGCUACAGGUUCAUGGAGUGCUAAGGACAACAAGGCCUUUGAAAGGGCUCUAGCUGUUUAUGACAAGGACACCCCUGACCGAUGGAACAAUGUUGCCCUUGCUGUUGGAGGGAAAACUCCUGAUGAAGUGAAAAGGCACUAUGAGCUACUCCUCAGAGACAUUACUGAAAUUGAAUCAGGCCAAGUUCCAUUCCCAAACUACAAGAAAACUGCUGAAUCUGAUGAAGAGGGGAAAAGGCUGAAAAACAUGAAGCUCCAGUGACCAGACAAUAGGAAUCAACAACAGAUAAUUUGUGAUUUUCACCACCCACCAAGUUUUCUAGAA